UAAAAAUAGGUUUUCAUUUAAUAAGAAGCUUUGAUUCGGAUAUUUGAAUAUUCAAGCAUGCAGGGAAUUCGAGCAUUUAAAUUGAUUGCACGCAAUGCAAACAUGAUCGCACGUAGAAACUAUGGGAAAGGUGGACAUAAAUAUCCAACAAUGAAUGAAAUGCCUGUUCCAGACGGUGACUUUUUUGCCAUGCACGCUAAACGAAAUCGUAAAUACAAUGCAAUUUUGGCUGGUGGAAUCGCUAUUUUCUCGAGUGCUGUCUACAUUGUCUCAACAGACACAGUAAUUCGCUUACAUUGGAGUCCACCAGACACCUACGAAUAAAUCACGUGAAGUGAUGCAUUUCCUUAGUAUUAUUCUUUAAUAAUGCUGGAUAAUUAUGAAUCUCACAA